GGGUAUAAGAAGUCCCUGUUUCCCGCUCUCGGCGCGCGAGAGGAAGGCGGCGGUUGAGAGAGACAGAGGGAUACCAAGCGCGGGCUUUGAAAAGCGCGGGAAGAGCGGCGGGGACUGGAGCCUACCAAGUGAAAAGACAUCAAGGCUGCCUAAAUGGAUAUAAGAAACUGGUUCCAAAAAGCCUCUUCUUCCUGGUCGCGGAGUCUCCCAGUCAGUUCGGCAAGUUCCAUAAAGUCCAUCUUCAUUUGCCAUUCAUCUAUAGUUGAUAUCUCUUGAGUCUUCCAAUUCUUGGCAAGUAAUCUCGCAGCAAUUGUGGCAUACAGAAAGAAUGUACCAUAUUUGGGGGGGAUUUAUUGUCCUAUUCAAGUAAAAAGGCUUCUGGUUUUUAAAUAAGUGUUGUUCAACUGUUUUCAGGAUUGAGAUAGGCAGCUGCUGAGGCAUCUCUCCUCCAGCCUCCUUGGUCGGGGUCAGGCACGACCAGGUUUUAAAAUGGGCUCCCCCAUAUUUAAUGUGCAUUAUCACUUAACAUUGCAAGAUAUAUUUGGAAAUAGAUUCAUCACAUUUAAAAUAAUGAAAAAGCGAAAAUACAGCAUGAGCAUUGACCAUUUGCAUUACAGUGGUACCCGGGUUUAAGUACACAAUUUGUUCUGGAAGUCUGUACUUAACCUGAAGCGUACUUAACCUGAAGCAAACUUUCCCAUUGAAAGUAAUGGAAAGUGGAUGAAUCCGUUCCAGACAGGUCUGUGGAGUACUUAAACUGAAAGUACUCAAACCGAAGCGUACUUAAACCGAGGAAAUCAUUAUGUCAAGAAAAAGAAGAAUUGAUUCUGAAAUGUUGAAACUAAGGUAUGGAUUGACAACUCAGCAAAAUACUUUUGUGAAGCAAGAGGAGCUAAAUACAUCAUCAUUGCGAGCAAGUUUUCAAGUUGCCAAGCUCAUAGCACGUACUGGCAGACCCUUCGGGUAUGGAGAAUUUGUUAAAGAAUGCAUUAUUUCUGCUUCCAAAGAGUUGUGUCCGGAGAAGACUGAUUUAUUUAGAACAUUGAGUCUUUCAGGACCUGCAGUUACACGUAGCAUUGAAGAAAUGGGGGGAAAUUUGCACGAACAUUUGCAAAACUCCUCGAAAAAACUUUGUUAUUUUUCAUUGGCACUUGAUGAAAGCACUGAUGUUCGUGAUUCUGCACAACUUCUAAUUUUCAUUCGUGGGACAAAUGAUAAUUUUGAAGUCACAGAGGAGCUUGCUGCACUGCAAAGCAUCAACGGAACAACAACAGAAGAGGAUAUCUUUGAAAAAGUUUGCCAAACUCUGCGUGAUUUGGAGCUGGACUGGGCUAAACUUGCCAGUGUCACAACAGAUGGUGCUCCUAGCAUGAGAGGAGUGGUUGCACGCAUCAACCAAGAGAUGGACAGACACAAUCUGCCACAUCCCAUAGCCAUACACAGCCUUAUCCACCAACAAGCGCUGUGUUGUAAAAAGUCACUGAAGUUUGACUCUGUCAUGAAAACUGUGGUAUCUUGUGUGAACUUCAUUAGAACUCAUGCACUAAACCACAGUCAGUUUCAGGAAUUUCUGUCCGAGUUAAAUGUUGAGCGUGAAGAUAUUCCGUACCACACAGAAGUCCCUUGGCUGAGUCGAGGGAGAGUUUUGAAACAUUUUUAUGAUUUGCUUCCACAUGUUUCUGAUUUCAUGCUCAUGAAAAACAAAGAAGUACCAGAGCUCAAAGAUGCAGAAUGGAAAUGGCACCUUGCCUUUCUGACAGACGUAACAGAGCUACUCAACACUUUCAAUGUACAACUUCGAGUAAAGGGGAAGCUCGUCUGUGAUAUGUUUUCACAUGUGAAAGCGUUUCAAGCAAAAUUGGAUCUCCUCAUUAAUCAAGUGAAGGAGGAAAACUUCUGCCAUCUCCCCACCACUCAAAACCUGUCGGCGGGAAAACCAGCAGUUUUAUUCCCAAACAAAACGUGUGUGGAUUUACUGGAAAUUUUGCAAAGGGAGUUUCAAACUCGAUUUGAAGAGCUUCACAUCCAUGAGCAGCACAUACAGCUUUUCCAGAACCCAUUUUCUGUUGACUUCGAAACUGCUGAAACAAUUUACCAAUUGGAAUUGAUUGACCUACAGACUUGUGAUUCCCUGAAAGACAAAUUUGAAUCAAGCAGGCUCACUAGUUUCUAUGCCUCUCUCCCCUCUGAGACAUACCUAAAUCUCAGGAACCAUGCACUCAAAUUUGCAGCCAUCUUUGGCAGCACCUAUGUCUGUGAACAGACUUUUUCCCAACUGAAACGUCUGAAAUCCUCAACCGGAUCCAGACUAACAGAUGAACACUUGCAUCACUUGCUACGACUAGCAGUGACAAAAAUGGAACCGGAUAUUGACUAUCUCGUCAGCCAAAAGCAGGUCCAUACUUUCCAUUGAAAUAUAUAAGUUUGUGUUGAUUAAAAUUGUUCCUCUCCUGCAUGGGGUGAAUGGGGGACCCUGUUGCAACAGUUUAAUAAAGGCCAGGCUUACUAGCCACUUUGCUUUUCAAUAUACAGUACUCUGAUUGGCCUCUUGAUGAAGUUUCUUUACUGGGAGAGUUUCUGUGGGUGCCCUUAGAGGCACAGGCAGAUGCUGCAAUGGCAAAAAAAAACCCUCCUAGGAGAACAUAAACUCUUCCACACACCCCAGCUUUCACAGCUGGCCAAUUCUUCCUUGGAGUUUGUGCCAAACAUUGGGGGGGGGGUACUUUUGAGGUUUUAAAAGGUGUUACACACCUUUGUGGGGGUCCCUCCUCGCAAUUUGGUGGGGAGACACUGCUGCCAGGCCAAUAAAGAUCAAUAGUUUGUGUCCUUUUCAGGUUUAUGCAUUUCCUUAAUUUUACAAACAUUUUAACGUGUCAAAACUUGACUUCCUUCCCCCUCUUUCUGCAGUUCCUUAAAGCUAUUAAUCUGCAUAUCCAAAUUCAUUUAAUUUGCUCACUUACCUAUUUUAAAUAUAUAUACUUGUCAAACUGCAGGUCAUUACAACAAUCCUGCUAAUGUUUUUAUCUGUUUGCAAAUUUAUCUGUAAAUAUUCAAUAAAGCAUUUCCAUUAUUUUAUUUAAAAGUUU